AUUUUGAACAUUGUUUUUCAGGUAAAUGAUCUGAAAAUGGUUGAUGAGCCAAUGGAAGAGGGAGAGCCAGUUUCUUGCCGGCGGGAAGAAUUGCUUAAAGAGAUACCUAUUACACAGCAUGUUAAAGAAGGAUAUGAGAAAGCAGAUCCGGCACAGUUUGACUUGCUCAAGGUUCUUGGUCAGGGAUCUUUUGGAAAGGUUUUUCUUGUUAGAAAGAAGACUGGUCCCGAUGCUGGGCAGCUCUAUGCAAUGAAGGUGUUAAGGAAAGCUUCUUUGAAAGUUCGAGACCGUGUUCGCACAAAGAUGGAGAGGGAUAUCCUGGUAGAAGUAAAUCAUCCAUUUAUUGUCAAACUGCACUAUGCUUUUCAGACUGAAGGGAAGCUGUACUUAAUAUUGGAUUUCCUCAGGGGAGGAGAUGUCUUUACAAGAUUAUCCAAAGAGGUUCUUUUUACAGAGGAAGAUGUGAAAUUCUACCUUGCAGAAUUGGCCCUUGCUUUGGAUCAUCUGCAUCGAUUAGGAAUUGUGUAUAGAGACCUGAAGCCAGAGAACAUCUUGCUUGACGAAAUAGGACAUAUCAAGUUAACAGAUUUUGGGCUUAGCAAAGAGUCAGUGGAUCAAGAAAAGAAGGCCUACUCAUUUUGUGGUACUGUAGAAUAUAUGGCUCCUGAAGUAGUAAAUAGACGAGGCCAUUCUCAGAGUGCUGAUUGGUGGUCAUAUGGUGUACUUAUGUUUGAAAUGCUUACUGGCACUUUGCCAUUUCAAGGAAAAGACAGAAAUGAGACCAUGAAUAUGAUACUGAAAGCAAAACUUGGAAUGCCCCAAUUCCUUAGUGCUGAAGCACAAAGUCUAUUAAGGAUGUUAUUCAAAAGGAAUCCAACAAAUAGAUUGGGAUCAGAAGGAGUUGAAGAAGUCAAAAGACAUGCUUUUUUCGCUUCCAUUGACUGGAAUAAACUAUAUAAAAGAGAAGUUCAGCCUCCUUUCAGACCUGCUUCUGGAAAACCAGAUGAUACUUUUUGUUUUGAUCCUGAAUUUACUGCCAAAACACCUAAAGAUUCUCCUGGUUUGCCAGCCAGUGCAAACGCUCAUCAGCUCUUCAAAGGAUUCAGUUUUGUUGCGACUUCUAUCGCCGAAGAAUAUAAAAUCACUCCUGUUACAAGUUCAAAUGUAUUACCAAUCGUUCAGAUAAAUGGAAAUGUUGCUCAAUUUAGUGAAGCUUAUGAAUUGAAAGAGGAUAUUGGUGUUGGUUCUUAUUCUGUUUGCAAGCGAUGCAUACAUUCAGCUUCCAACGUGGAAUUUGCAGUCAAGAUCAUUGAUAAAAAUAAGAGAGACCCCUCAGAAGAAAUUGAAAUUCUGAUGCGCUAUGGACAACAUCCCAACAUUGUCUCUUUAAAGGAGGUCUUUGAUGAUGGGAAAUAUGUUUACCUUGUUACGGACUUGAUGAAAGGAGGAGAACUUCUGGAUCGUAUUCUCAAAAAGAAAUGUUUCUCAGAGCAGGAAGCUAGUAAUGUGCUGUAUGUAAUAACCAAGACAGUUGAGCACCUUCAUUCUCAAGGAGUUGUUCAUCGUGAUCUUAAGCCCAGUAAUAUUUUGUACAUGGAUGAAUCUGCCCAUCCAGAUUCAAUCAAGAUUUGUGAUUUUGGGUUUGCAAAACAGCUUCGCGGAGAAAAUGGACUUCUGUUAACUCCGUGCUACACAGCAAACUUUGUAGCACCUGAGGUUCUCACUCAACAGGGAUAUGAUGCUGCCUGUGAUAUUUGGAGCUUAGGAGUCCUUUUGUACACAAUGUUGGCUGGCUACACUCCAUUUUCCAAUGGACCCAAUGAUACUCCUGAGGAAAUACUUCUGCGCAUAGGCAAUGGGAAGUACUCUUUGAGUGGUGGAAUCUGGGACAAUAUUUCACGUGGAGCAAAGGAUUUGCUUGCUCAUAUGCUUCACAUGGACCCACAUCAGCGUUAUACUGCUGAGCAAGUACUAAAGCACCCUUGGAUAACCCAAAGAGAACAACUGCCGCGCCAUCAGCCAAACUCGGAUGAGCCACCACAGCUCCAGCAUCCCCCUAUGCUGGGACAUCAAACUUCCACAGGACCAAUUGCUGUCAGGAAGCAGUGGCUGCAGCAUAUUCUGUCUUGGCUCGGAACCCGAACAGGCAUCAUCCAGUCCUAGAGCCUGUUACUGCUUCACGUUUAGCUCAGAGGCGUAACAUGAAAAAGCGAACAUCAACUGGCUUGUAAGAGUCUUAGUGUUCCUCAGCUGACAGGAUGAAGAGAAAAGUAAAUGUGUGUUGUAGGUUGGCUUUGUGUUUUUGUUUUGUUUUGUUUUUGUCUAAUCUCAUAUCAAAGGUAUUUUGUUUCCUGCCACAUUACUUGAAUAUUCUGUUUAAGCCUCUUUUGGAGAGGUUGGAAUUUGAAACAAACAUACAUAGGUCCAUAAUAUUCAUACUAUGUCAUAUUGAAGUAGUGUCCAAAUGUUUAACUAUAUAAUUGACGUCCACAAGGUCUUAACUUCUCUGCACAUUAACUUCCCAAAUUCCUUUGAAACAAAGUUAACCUAUUUUUUUAUUAUUUUACACAAAAAUGGUUUAGGAAUUCAUUAAUACUAAUCAAGAUGCUUUUCAUAUGUCAUAAUGCUAAAUAAUAACAGUAUUUUAACAUCAUUUCCUAAAAAGUAAUUUUUGUUCUUAAAAGAACAAUAGAAGUAUUCUAAUAGCUUGUGCAUAGCCAAAGCACUCCAUGCAUUUGUCUGUUUAGAUACUAAAGGGAGCAAAAGUAGUUUGGUGCCUGAGCAAGAUACAUUUGUGCUAAUAUAUGAAUUCCUGAUAUGGUUGGUGCCAAAAUUUUGAUAGAAUAAUUAAAUCACUAAUAAUUUGUGCAGACAGAUUUGUAUAUUAUCCAUAAGUGGCUUCAUCUAGAGAAAGUUUCCAUAAGGCUUCUAAUGUUUUACAGCUAAUGAAAUUGUAGUGAAAGUGAAGAUGUUUUUAUCCAGAGGUUUCAUGUUGGUGUUGUAAUCUCUUAAAAAUGUCAUAGUUAAGCCUUUGAAUAUGCACUUCAUGGUGUUGAUGUGAUCUUGGUGUUACCUAAGCUGACUUUGAAGUUAACCAAUUGAAUUUAACCAUCAUCUUUCCCCUUUAUAAGUGAAGCUACACUGUUGUAUUCCUGAUUUCCAUGUGGUUUGAGCUACAGUGUAGCAUAUUGAUCUACCUUGAAUCCUAUGGUGAUGUAGUUGAAGUUUUAUUAUAGUGGACUUGUGCACUUAGCACAUACGAUACAAUAUAAUGUAUUUCAGUAAGCAUCAGACAAUUCUACAUAUUUUAAGAAAAUAUUUUCACAUUUUAAAUAGGAAACAAUAUUAAUGGUUGACAUAGAAAUUUGAGUACAUUUAAAAAUCAUUUAUAAUAAACUGGCCAAAUUGGUAUUAUUAAAUUUAUGAUUCAGAACCAGUGUGCAAUGUGUAUUGUUUUCUUCAAAUGCUGAAAAUUUAAAAAGUCAUUUUAUAUUGUUAAGGAAAAUACCAUUAACUACUACUACUGACAGAAAGAAUUCAUGAAUGUAAACUGGAGGAUAUCAGUUUUGUUUAGUGAAUAGAAAUGUAUUACUUGUAUGUGCUAUGUGUACUAUUUGCUUAGUUCAGAGAGAACUGAUUACUGAGUAUGUGAUUUAGACUAGGAGACAUGUAACGUUGGAAUUUAAUAAAACAAACUGUAUGUAUUCUCUUUAAAAUGUAAGUGAUCUUUAUCCAUGCACAAAUAUCUGUUUCCUACAUGUGAUAUAUAAAUUCUGUAUUCUUACUUGAGGUGUCUUUUUUAAAAUGAUUGGACAAUAUUAAACAACAGCUGAUCUGAUACCACACAACAGCA